AUGAAGAGAAGUCGCGGUCCGGUUUUUCGCGGCGGCGCCAAGCGCCCGAAGGAGGUGCCUGCCUCCCCCCUUACCCUCUCCCUCCCCGGCUUCAAGGCCGUCAUCACCGUUUUCCUCCCGAAUGGGAGCAUGAUCAACCCCCCGCCCUCGAGCAUCAUAAGCAUCCCGAGUGGCACGACUAUCCUCUCGCGCGGAGAGGUGCUGAAGGGUUGUGCCGACGGCACAAUUUUCCUUUCCGGAGGAGGGCCACAUCGUUCUGGCGGCAUGACGAUCUCGGGCAAGUGGCACCAGGCCGGUGCCGUCCUCGCCAAGGGCACCCACCUGCCCAAGGACAUGGGCGUGCCUUCGGGCACAAAAGUCCCCAAGGGGACCUUGUUGCCCGCGGGCACCUGCCUCCCCGAGGGGAUGACCCUGCCUUCGGGCAGCAGAUUUCGUGCUGGGGUGGCCCUUCCGGGCGGUGUUCAUGUCGCCGCUGUCGAGAACGACGAGGAGAUCAAGGACGACGAUGUCGUCAAGAAGGAGGAGCAGGAGGAGGAGGAGCAGGAGAAGAAGAUCAAGAUCAAGAAGGAUGAGUAA